UCUUCUCAUAAACCACAGGCUUCAUUUUUUUCCUGAGCAACAGGACAAUCAACUCACAGAAAAGCCAAAGUUACUUGUAAAUUGUACCGCUCUCUCUCUCUCUCAUUCUCUCUCGCACAGUCACACAAUAGACAUGAAGUCACCUUCUCUCUCUUCUGAUAAACUAUACUGUUACAAAAAGGAGAAAUGGUUCAACUUGGGGAGAUCACUGGCUCCAUUAAUGUUAUUUUCACUAGGUGUAAGCACACUUCUCGGUUUCUUCAUCCUAUACUCUCCAAACCCUUUUAAGUCCGCACCCAAACACGGCCUGGAUUGGAAGAAAACAUUGGUCCAACCUCAAAAUGAUGAUGAGAAUUGUGACUUGUCUAAGGGUCAUUGGGUUCCAGACUUGAAUGGGUCACUGUACACAAAUUUAAGCUGUGCAACAAUUCCAGACUCCAAGAAUUGUUUCAAGAAUGGGAGGAGAGAUAAAGAUUUUGUGAACUGGAGAUGGAAACCAGAACAUUGUGAGCUUCCACAGUUCGAUCCCACGACCUUUUUGAAAAUUGUGAAAGGGAAGAAAUUGGCGUUUAUUGGUGACUCUGUUGCUCGGAACCAUAUGGAGUCACUUCUCUGUCUCUUGUCUAAGGAGGAAAUUCCAAGAGAGAUUCACAAGGAUUCAGAAGACCGGUUUGUAACAUGGCACUUCUCAUACCAUGACUUCACCCUCAUGAUCCUAUGGUCCAAGUUCCUGGUGAUCGGUGAGGAGAGAGUAAUCAACGGUUCAAAAUCUGGUGUGUUUGAUUUGGACCUUGACACGGUCGACAGCAAAUGGUCCCAAAAUCUCUCAGAUGUAGAUUACGCUAUCAUUUCAGAUGCCCACUGGUUCUUCAGAAAGGUCUACCUGAACGAGGGUGGUAAUAUAACAGGAUGUGUAUACUGCACCGAACCAAAUGUCACUGAUCUCGGCCUUGGCUUUGCCAUCAGAAUGUCCUUUCGAGCUGCACUUAAUUACAUCAACAACUGCAAGGAAUGCAAAGUGACACUGACUUUGCUAAGGACAUUUUCACCAGCCCAUUUUGAGGGCGGGGCAUGGGACACCGGUGGGAGCUGCAACAGAACUAGUCCUCAACGCGAAGGGGAGGUUAAGCUGGUAGGUCACGAGCUGGAACUUCGGAAGAUUCAAGUCGAAGAAAUCGAGAGGAUAAAAGAGAAAGGGAAGAAACGAGGGAAAAGGUUUGAUGUUAUGGACGUGACAAGGGCCAUGCUAAUGAGGUCUGAUGGGCACCCUGGAUCUAACUGGGGUAACAAAUGGAUGAAGGGUUAUAAUGACUGUGUUCAUUGGUGCUUGCCAGGCCCUAUUGAUGCCUGGAAUGACUUUCUGAUGGCAAUUCUUAGAAAGGAGGCUGGUUUAUCACUUGAUUGAGAGUUGGGGUAAUUUUGUUAGAAUCACAUACUAUACAUAUAUAUUUUUUUAUUAUACUUGUUUAGUCUGAAAUUAAUAAUCAUGCUUCAGAUGUUAAUACAUAAUUUUGAGUAUAUUGCAUUGAAUAACAAUAACCGAUCAUUUUAUAUUCUA